UGGCGGCGGGCGGGCGGCGGCGGCGGCGCCUCCCGGGCUGGAUGGCGACGGGAGGGCCGGAGCGGAGCCGGCCCGAGCCGCCCGCGGCCACGCUGCGCUGCAUGAGCGAGGCGGAGCUGCUGGAGGCGGCGCUGGCCGUGCUGGCCGAGGCGGGGACGCCGCGGGGCCGGGCGGGCGCGGGGCCGCAGCGGGGCGGAGCCGCGGGGCCGCGGGAGCCGCCGCCGCUCGAAGCACCCGGAGCGGCGGCAGCCGAGGAACCCCGCCCCGCCCCGCCGCCCGCCGAGGCACCGGGGCGGGACGACGAUCUCAGAUACGUCAGGGAGAUCUUCUUCAGCUGAGGCCGCCGCCUCUGCGGCUCCUGGGGAGCGGGGGGGCGGCGGCGGGCGGCAGUGUCCCCUCCCGCGGAGGGAGGAGGAGAGGGUGCUCGCUUUGAAGAGGGGCACUGGAACGUGUUUAGCCGUGCUUUAAGUUUAAAGCGACUAUUUAGCUUAUAACAUGUGUUAGCUAUGCUUUGCUAGUUUAAGUUUUAAAGUAGUUAUUUCACUUGUGUUAUAGACAAGAUCUCUUAAGAUGGGAUAAAGUUCUUAGCUGGGCUGUGCUGCAGAGGUCACACCUCUGCGUGGUCCCACCGGGUGCUCUUCAGGGUAACCGAGUUGGCCUCUGCCCCAGUGUGAUGGAAUUAGGGUUGUUUCCUCCCUCCUGAGUAAGUUCACCACUCGCUCGAUAGUAACUCAAAGGUGAAACAAAACUUGGCUUUGAAUGUGUAUUCAAAGCCCGAUCCCUGGCCCACGGGAGUAUAGUUGGGUAAAACCUGGCCACCUUGAGGGGGGUGGCCUGGUCACGUCAACCCUCACACUUCAGCCGGACUUGGAGUUAAGUGGGAGUCUCGUGAUGAUUACUGCGACAUGAUGCUGUCACUCUGGACUUGGCAACAGGUGGAUGAGCUGCUUUAACUACCUUGGAAAAGGAAUGCAUCUCUGUAUGUAUUCAACAAGUAGUGUUUUUCCUUACAGAAGCAUAUUUUGUUCUUGAUAAUGAACAUCUGUUGUCUGUGCCUGUCCACUUAGGCCAGAUAACAAGGACUAGUGCAAUGAUAAGAGAAAGAAGAACUCGUUAGGACCAGAAUAAGAGGAAGAAGAACCAGCUAAGACCAGAUACAACCUUGAAGAGGUGCCCAAGCUGUCUAAGAGCAUGCACAAGAAGGAGAGUUGAGAAGUUCACCGUGAAAAAGACUGAGAGCCUUCCUCUAGAAGGCCACAGCCCAAGAUCCCCAGAAGGCAGAGUACAUGCACCAAAGGGAGGGAACUUACGUAAAUAAAUUGUGAAGAAUGAGUAUAAUAGACACACCUGUUCCAGGAAAUUUAAUGAAUAUGCAUGUUUUAGUGUAAUAAAUAGGUGACCAUUUUGUUUCUUGGUGUGCAAGCUAGGUGGAGCUUUCCCCCUUGCACCUUGUGUGUCAAAAUAAAACAU